UAUAUAUCUCUGACCUGUGUCCCUGUGUUAAUUUAUAUCAGCAAUCAGUGUCAAUUUUACUUUUGAGCUAACUGCUGACCUAUUACAAAAAUGUAAUAGAACGGUUAUGCAGUAUGCUUGCAGUUACAAGGCAGUAUUGCAAAUUCGCUCAUUCUGUUUCCAUGUGAUAUAAUGCGCUCGAUGUAAUUUUAAGUAAGCAAGUACAGUUUUUAGCAUAAAAUUUCCAAAAUGACUAUGAACAAAAAGACAACACUGCUGUCAGCAGCGAUUGUGACAUUUGCCCUGGGGACUUUAUUUUUAGGAUUGACUAUAAAGCGGCCUGCUUCAGAUCCUUACCACUGGGAUAUAUUAAUAUUCACACAGACUUGGCCGAUGACAUUAUGCUAUACGUGGAAAGAACAUAACCCAUCACACGAAUGCCACUUUCCUCCAGAUAAAACUCGUUGGACUAUUCAUGGAAUUUGGCCAACGAAAUUGGGAACAUUAGGUCCACAUUUUUGCAACAAGACUGAAGAAUUUGACCCAAAAAUCAUUCAUAGUAUUCAGAAUGAACUUGAUGAAUAUUGGACCGAUAUUGAGUUACCUCAAAACAAUACCGCUAAUUUUACGGUUUCCAAUAAAAAAAGUAUUUGGUUCCAUGAAUGGGAAAAGCAUGGUACAUGUGCUAUGAGUUUGCCAGCAUUGGAUUCAGAGUUUAAGUACUUUUCUCAGGGCAUUGAAUGGGCUAAAGGCAAUUAUUCUAUGAAGGAUAUUCUUGAGAAAGCUGACAUUAAAAUUAACAGUACACUAACUGUUGAUGAUUAUUGGAAAAAAAUUAAAUCUGUACUAAAAGUCAAUGUGUUUAUCAGCUGUUUUUAUAGAAGUGACACAAAAGAGCAAUUGUUAGAUGAAAUCAGAAUAUGUUUUAACAAAAAUUUAGAACUUAUCGAUUGUGAUGGUAUUGAAAAAACACGAAGAAGUGUUUUGUCAACUUUGCCGUUAACAGAUUGUGAUUCGAAAAAACCCAUUUUGUAUCUUGAUCACAUGACACCUCAUGACGUUUCUGCUAUUUCUAAUGAAAAUGCUUCUUAUUUGACUAAUAAUGAGCACUCAAAGGUAUUGCCUACUGUGAGGUCAAAACGAAGCCCGGUUAACCAAAACAACGAGUGGAUAACUAAGACUUCUCGUCACUCUAACCGAUCCAAUGACAAUCAGUCAAAUCCUAAUAUUACAGUUAACGGUGAUUUGAGUCAAUCAAAAUCUCCUCAGUCACGUCCCAACAACAAACCCAACUAUGACUUUAACAGGUCCAACUCGUAUCAGCCUCAUACCAAUACUCAGUAUAAUCGUAAUCUAAAUAGAUCAAACUCGUAUCCAUACAUUUUACGAAAAGAAUGGGAUUAUUUAAUAUUUUCUCAAGCAUGGCCCUAUACGUUUUGCCAUACAUGGACUAUUGAUUCAAGUAGUCAUACAUGCAAUUUGCCAGCAAAUCGUAAUCAAUGGACAAUUCAUGGAAUCUGGCCAACUAAAGUGGGAACGUUUGGUCCAUCUUAUUGCAACAACCAAACUGCGUUCCAUAUUGAAAAAUUGGGUAGCAUCAAAUCUGAUUUGAAAAAUCGCUGGACCGAAGUCAAAGACUCUAAGUCAUGGGUGAAUAAAAAAGAAGGAGAAUUAUGGCGCCACGAAUGGAAAAAACACGGUACUUGUGCUAUGUCGAUUCCGGUCUUAGAUUCUGAAUUCAAAUAUUUCAAACAAGGACUAGAUUGGAACAAGCAAUACCCAUUGAACGAUAUACUGUCGCAAGGAAGUAUCAAACCAAAUGGCACUUAUCCUAUGAUACAAUUUUGGCAAACAUUAAAAAAUGGUUUGGGCAAAAGGCCUUUUAUUGAUUGUUUCACAGAUAAGACUACAAAGAUUACUUAUAUUGAUGAGGUGCGCUUGUGUUUUGACAAAUCGUUGUCAUUAAUUGAUUGCGAUCGGUUUAAGAAACAAAAUGACAAACCCAACACAAAUUGUCCUAAAGAUCAACAAAUUUAUUACCCAGGAAUUCAAGCUUAAUAAUUUAAGACUAUAAUUAAAUACAAAUAUGUCUUAAUAAAUAAAUAAAUAUGUCUUAAUUGUUUGGUAA